UUGUCUGCGACAGAGACGCCGUGAGUCGUCGCACAGAGCUGUAGCAUGUAGCAUGUAGUAGCUAGCUGCGGGUUCACUUCAGUGGGUUCUUCUUUGAGCUGUGAGGUUUAACGUCCAUGUCCGAAUCCCUGACAACACGUGACAACAGGAAACGGAAGUUACAGUCGCCCCGAGUCCCAGACGCAAGCAGGUGGCCCUCGCUAGCUUAACCCGGUCGCUAGCUCCCGCUGCUGCAGCUGCUGUUGACGGGCUGUUUGUGGGUCUUCAGCCGGCGAUGUGACGCUCCCCCCGGUGUCUGCGGAGCGGUGCAUGUCCCGGCCUCCUCCCGCAGGUGGAGGAGGGCAGGCGGAGGGAGGAUGGAGACCUGGACGCCCAACCCGCGAGCCAAGCCCUUCGUCCCGCGGCAGCAGAGGAGCCUGUACCUCACCUGGAAGUACAAGCUAACCAACAAGAGGACGAUCCGCCGCUGCUGCCAGGCCGCCGCGGUGCUGUUCCUGCUCAUCACCGUCAUCGUCAACAUCAAACUGAUCCUGGACACGAGACGAGUCGCUGAUGAGGAUGCAGCUGCGCGAGAAUAUGAAGACGCUGUACCAAACAUGGAGACGCCACGCCGUCCAGCCAGCGGACGCAAGGUCCUGGACAUCGAGGUGUACUCCAGCCGCUCCAAGGUCUACAUGGCAGUGGAUGGAACAACGGUUCUGGAGGACGACAUGCGGGAACAAGGCAGAGGAAUCCACGUGAUCGUUCUCAACCAGGCAACUGGUCACGUCAUGGCCAAGAGGAUAUUUGACACCUACUCGCCUCACGAGGAUGAAGCCAUGAUCCUCUUCCUCAACAUGGUGACCCGAGGCCGAGUUCUCAUCUUCACUAUAAAGGACGAGGGCACGUUCCACCUGAAGGACGCUGCUAAGAACCUGCUGAAGAGUCUCGGCAGUCAGGCGGCGCUCAUCCUCAGCUGGAGGGACAUGUGGACGCUGGUGGUGAAGAAAGGAGGUCAAGUUUACGGAGAGAAGCACUCCAAGUCCCCGGCUCUGUCCACCUGGGGAGACCCGGUGCUGCUGAAGACCGAGGUGCAGCUUACAGCCUCUGAAGAGGCAGAGUGUCAUUGGGCCGACACUGAGCUGAACAAGAGGAGGAAGCUGUUCUGCAGCAAAGUGGAAGGAUACGGCAGCAUCUGCAGCUGCAAGGACCCGGCGCCCAUCGAGUUCAACCCCGACCCUUUCCCCAACAGCAACGUCUUGAGUGUCCCUGUGGCCGUGAUCGCAGGGAACAGACCAAACUAUCUCUACCGAAUGCUGAGGUCACUUCUCUCAGCUCACGGUGUCAACCCACAGAUGAUCACCGUCUUCAUCGAUGGAUAUUAUGAGGAGCCGAUGGAUGUUGUCGAGCUGUUUGGACUGAAAGGAGUUCAACACACACCCAUCAGCAUCAAGAACGCCAGAGUCUCACAGCACUACAAGGCCAGUCUGACUGCAACCUUCAACCUGCACCCGGAGGCUAAUUACGCCAUUGUCCUGGAAGAAGACCUGGACGUCUCCAUCGACUUCUUCAGUUUUCUGAGUCAGACCGUCCACCUGCUGGAUGAGGACGACAGUCUGUACUGCAUCUCCGCCUGGAACGACCAGGGCUACGAACACACAGCGGAGGACCCGGCUCUGCUGUACAGAGUGGAGAGUAUGCCCGGCCUCGGCUGGGUGCUGAAGAAAAGCCUCUACAAGGAUGAACUGGAGCCAAAAUGGCCGACACCUGAGAAGCUGUGGGACUGGGAUAUGUGGAUGCGGAUGCCGGAGCAGAGGAAAGGCCGAGAGUGCAUCAUCCCCGACGUGUCGCGCUCCUACCACUUCGGCAUCAUCGGCCUCAACAUGAACGGAUACUUCCACGAGGUUUAUUUUAAGAAACACAAGUUCAACACUGUUCCCAACGUGCAGCUGAAGAACGUUGACGGCUUAAAGAAAGAUGCGUAUGAAGUGGAAAUCCUGAAUCUGUUGAAGGAAGCGGAGGUGCUGGACCACAGUAAGAACCCGUGUGAGGACUCGUUCCUCCCGGACUCCGAGGGGAAGGUCUACGUCAUGUUCAUUAAGAUGGAGUCGGAGACGGACACGUCCACCUGGACCGAACUUGCCAAGUGCCUCCAUGUUUGGGACCUGGAUGUACGAGGGAACCACCGAGGCAUGUGGAGGCUCUUCAGGAAGAGGAAUCAUGUCCUGGUGGUGGCCACGCCCAUCUCUCCAUACUCUGUGAAGAAACCAGCCAGUGUCACCCCCAUUUACUUAGAGCCUCCGCCCAAAGAAGAGGGAGCACCGGUGGAGCAGAAGUAGACACACACACAAACAGACACACACUCACUCCAGCCUGGGCCUUAACACUUCUUGUUCUUCUCUCGACUGAACAACCUGCGACCCACUACUACAGAAACUAACUUUCUCUGUGUUGAACGUCUGCAAAGAGGACGCUGGGAAAUGGAGUCCUAUAUUUUCAACUUUUUUUCUUUCCUAACACUACAAACUACACAACCCGUGCAAUGGCUCGAGGAGGAGCAUCAACACUGAACCUUCAUGAAAUGUGACUUUACAACCAAAAUGUGUUUUUCUGUGUUUCCAUCUCAACCAGGUUGUGCGGCGCAGGGUUUGGUUUUAGUUCAAGAAUUUGUAACUUUAUAAAACGAACGGUACAAAUGAGACAAACCCACUCACGAGUUUCUCAGUUUGUGUUUGUCCAUCUUGUGAAUAUGUUUUAACUUAUCUCUAUUUAUUUCACGUCAGUCAGAACCGCGUCAGUGGUUUAUUUUUCUUUUUUAAAAGAAAUCCACUUUUAUCGAGAUCAGUUUUUUAAGAGCCUAACGUUUACAGAUGAUGAAAUAAUAAUAUUGUACAUACCUGCCUAUAUAUAUAUUUUUGGAUGAAAUAUUCAAAGGGUCAACAUAUUUUUCAGCAAGAGAACAGCCCUGUGGGUUUGUGUGACUGGAGUCAGUUUGCCUCGGAUCAGACUUCGUGAGGAAACAUUAACACAGCAGAGAGUGAAAUGCUCUAAUUAAUGAUGUGUUAUCACAAAACUGUUUAAAUCAGUUUUAAUCAUCCGUCAACAGAAUGCCUCAUGUGAGGAGUUUCAAAUGAAAAGUCAACCUGCUUCACAACGACAUUAUAGUGUUGAAACGAUUUGAUCAUUAUGUUUUACUGCAGCUCCAUGUCACUACGAUGUCCUGUAGCUGCACCGACAAAAUGACUGCCUGUGAAUCUUUAUUAUGUUUUUAAUGCAGCUCGAUCAGUAUUAGUAUGAAACGCGGUUUGAUUUUGAAUCGUUAACCACUCAUUCAGUGUCGGGACUUAUUUCAUCAAUAUUCGUGUUCUGGAAGUGAAGAGAUGGAAUCGCUGUGUUCUCUGUUCACUGUCGUGGUUCACGUCCUUUUCUCUGUUGAAUCCAGAGGAAACCAGUCACUGUCUCCUGGUGUCACAGCUCAUUCUGUUUGCAUCAUUUUGAAAUACUGGAAGGAACGUGUGUGUGUGUGACGAUCCGUGGACAAACUGUGCGUUUAAGAGUUUGACGUGUGUGAGUUUCCUUAACUUUUAUCAUGGAGAUGAAUAAAGUUGUUUCUAUUUAAA